UAGCUACAGGGACGCAAUCAAUUACCCGUCCCUUCAGCCUCAAUCUCUUCUGCACAAAGUUGAAUUCGUUAGAUCCUUGGUGGAAUUGUCGCUCUUUACUUCAAUACCUACCUACCUAGUUGGCAAGAAGGAUGAAGAGGCAUGUCGGUGCAGGUAGUACUUGCCUCCUACGUUAGCUACUUACUAUUUAUCAAGUGCUUCGAAGCGGAAGGAGAAACCAAGUUCUCAAGUUCAAGACUAAAUUACAUAGCACAAGGCGCGUAAGACUUUGUCUAGUACCCAUGCAGUCUUCCAUUUUUGAGUUCUAUCAUGGCUGGUCCCCCGACUCCCGUGUCCGCGUGCCCACUCGUUUACUUGGAGAUCCGCGAUGGAGCGAAUGCCAAAGCCUACAACUCUUCUCACCCACACAGUGCCUUCACUUUGACGAUUGAUGGUGAAAGACCGAUCGGAUCAGAGAUGGGAAUUUUGGUUCUUUUGAUACACAAAGGGAAACAACAAGUGGUUUCCCUUCGACUCAGUGAAAUAAAAGGAGGAUCACCUUCCUCUGCAGAGAUCAUCAGCAUCAAUAAGCAAACUAAUCGAAUCUGUGUAACUGUGCCCAAGAAGCCACAAGCGCUCCUCGCGCAGUUUGAAGAAAAGAGAGAUUUCAGUGUUACUGUAUGCUUGCUGCAGAAGGCUGGAUUCUUCGCCAGCGAGGCAAUACCAGCAUCUCUUCUAACAGUUCCUCCUCAGCCUGUAUCUCAAACACACGAUGCCAUGUUUGACACGAGACCACGACUCUCUUCGAUCACACCGUCGACUCUAUUGCCUCCGAAUCAUUUCCCAGGAACUGGUGCUCCACCUGACUUCUCGUUCACCACCAUGUUGAACGCUCCUUUACAGUCGUCGCCAUUUUCGACUGUCCCAACCUCGUACAUGGAACAGACACAAAGAGCGCAGUCAAUACCUAUGCAAAACUAUCUUCCAGGGACUCAAAUGCGGCAUACUAGCCCAGUGACGGUACAACUCAACCCGUACCACAUGUUCCUUGAAAGAGACGGCACACACUCACAUAAACCUCGCGUUGGAUCGCCUCUGAGGUACUCCUUUAACUCUAGCCCGCCUCCGACACAAUCACCCAUCGGUAGGGCCGACAUGGUGAUGCCUCUGAAUGUGUCCACCACAGGCUCCCACGCGCAGAGCCUCUCAGUUUGUGAAAGUCCUAAAGUCGGCUCUUUUAAAAGUCGCUCGGAUGUCGACCCCAAGAGCUGUAAUACGCGCUCAGACUUGACAAAGGACCUUUCGCCCGAACCAUACCGUCAACAGCCGUUGCACGACCAGGACUUUCGCAAACUGAUGCCUCGACCAAGGCAGUUGCCAUUUGAUUCACGUGCAAAGACCGCCUCACCAUACAAGAAGCCUGAGGUGCAAGCAGGUAUACAAUCGGGGCUUGAGAUAUCCUCUGACUAUAGAGAAACCAGGAGAUCCCCAAGCCGGUCUUUAAGGAGAGAUCCAACCAAUUCAGGGAAAAGUCAAAGCACUGAAACCACGUACAACACCACAAAUAAGAGGCUAGACUGGAAGAGUGGCAGAGUUCUUGCGUCAGAAAACACUGAUGAUUAUUCUAAAGCAACUAGUAGUUUUGAAGACCAUCCUCCCAGUUCUAAAUCGGUGGGUACAUUUGCGAGUGUGAAAGCAAAAGAUGAUAUGUACAAGGACGCCGAGUGUCAGACAACCCUCCCAAAAAGCCCGAAAGUUGCAACUAGCUCCCAGGGGUCCUCAGGAUCAAAACAAGAAACCUCAGGUGUGGAGCUCCUACCAUGGGUUAUACUUAGUGACCACAACACGUUGAAGGAUUUGAAUCAAGCAACAGCCCCAUUGGUUGAACAGUUUGAACAGGAUGUUGCGAGGGGCGGUGAUGCAGCUUUGCUCGCACAGUUCUAUUCUAAGCAACUAUGGGCAAGACGUAGAGACUUCUGGUAUAAAAAGUUUCAAGUCAUGGUCGGCGGGGAGUGACAACUGGUUGGCGAGUUAUCUGCAAUAUGAGCGGAUAGUUGGAGGCUAAAGGAAGGAAAUUCGAACAUUUGACUUUGUUACGUGAGUUUAAGAGCUUGCAGGUAGGUAUGCAACU